UGGCAACGACCAGUUCCGUUGGGGAAGUGUCUGUGAGAAGGGUUCGUCUUCGGCAAUCGAAGAAAGACAAAAAGGGACAUUUGAUCGCCGUGAAGUGCUCAAGGUCUACGGAGAAAUAAAUUCCUCUGGGAGCGCGUUGGCCAAGCCGAGAAUCGAACUUCGGACCACUGGAUUGGUAGCCGAGCGCGAAAUCGACUCGUCCAACGUAGAACUACCUGGAGACUCUUCAUUCACCAUGAACACUUUCGGAGGAGCCACGGCGUCAGUCGAUGCUCCAUUAGAUCUCAAACAAAUUCUGCUCAUCACCUACCUCAUCUUGGUGUCCAUAGACCUUGCGCAUGCGUCAUCGACGUUCCAGAGCUCCCUGGAAGGCCUGCAACCCCAUCCUGAUCUAACAUAUGGCAGAGUGUCCCCCAAUGAAGCUACUUCCUUGCUGAGACGUGUCGUUCGACAGAGCAACCCUCCUCCAGGAAUCCCACCCAGCAGGAACGAGCCUCCUUCAGGAAUCCCUCCAAGAUCUCCUCAGCAACCGUCAUCAAACUGCACAUUAGGACAGUUCCAGUGUCACAAUGGACAGUGCCUCUCCAGUAAUUUCCUCUGUGAUGGAUUUCAGGACUGUCGUGAUGGAAGUGACGAAAUGCAGUGCGGAGGAUGUAGACCAAAGGAAUUUCGCUGUGGCGAAGGAACAUGCAUUCCUCGGAGCAAACGCUGUGAUGGAAAGAUAGACUGUGCCCACGGGUCAGACGAGAGGGAUAACUGUUGCAAACAAAAUGAAUUCCAGUGCAAGGACAUGACCUGUGUUCCACAAUCCCAACGCUGUGAUGGCAAAGCACAAUGCAGAGAUAAGUCUGAUGAGUACUUUUGCAAUCCUAACCCUGCAACAGGGGCCUUCGUCUCGAGUGCUACUUCGGCAUUUGCUUCUCACACAAUUCGUGCUUCUUGGAUAUUACUACUGGUAGUGUUCUUGGUUAUGCUGUCAAAUACAGAUUAACCUUGAAAUGCAAAGAGUACUUGUUUUUUUUCUUUCUUUAUACUAACAUUCAAAUUUUUAUUAGAAUUCUCCAAGUAACUUUCAUCAGUCUUGAAAAUUCUUGCAGCAUCGAAAAGGUUAGUAUAAACUAGAGAUUCAUAAAGUAGUGCAUGUUUGGUUUUCUUUAAACAAAGAGACUUGCAUGUUUUUGUAAGUUUGACACUUGAUACUAUUCUUAUUUUUAAAUAUAUGCAGUUCUCAUUUAAUUUAGAAUUAGGGUUGACAAAAUGUAGCACUGUCUAAUUAGCAGUGUUUGUGUUAUAUAAUAUAUAAUAUAUACUGCCUUCUGCAUUCCUGUUGUUGAGGUAAUUAAUAAUACAAAACUAUUCAUUCUUUUA